AUGUGUUUGUGUCCCUUUUUCUGUCUCUCUCCCUCACCCCCACCCCGACAUUCCAGCCUGGGGCAGGGGGAGGCCAGCAGACACAAAGCCCUCAGUGUAUAGGGUGGUAUGUGUGUCCCCCCACCCCUCCACCCAGAGGACACAAUGCCCCUUCUGCUCCCUGCACUCUGCCCCCCUCCCCACCACCUCUCAACUGCACAUGCCAGGCUGCAAUUGGCUGCUGGCUCAGGACAGCCCCCUCAUACUGGGGCCCUGGGGGAUUUUAAGCGGGUUCCAGGAACCCCCGCUCAGUUCCCUGUCCCCCACUCUCCCAACCCCGCAGACGCUCCGGGCCCUAGCCCUGCCCCAGCUAUGGCUCCUGGGGCUCCGCCUUCCAACCCCAGUUGUAUCCUGGCUGUGCUACUCUUCUCCUCUUUGGUGCUCUCCCCAGCCCAGGCCAUUGUGGUUUACACGGACAAGGAGGUCCACGGUGCUGUGGGCUCCCGGGUGACCCUGCACUGCUCCUUCUGGUCCAGUGAGUGGGUCUCAGAUGACAUCUCCUUCACCUGGCGCUACCAGCCAGAAGGAGGCCGCGAUGCCAUCUCGAUCUUCCACUAUGCCAAGGGACAACCCUACAUCGAUGAGGUGGGGACCUUCAAAGAGCGCAUUCAGUGGGUAGGGGACCCUCUCUGGAAGGAUGGCUCCAUUGUCAUACACAACCUGGACUAUAGUGACAACGGCACUUUCACCUGUGACGUCAAAAACCCACCAGACAUAGUGGGCAAGACCUCUCAGGUCACGCUCUAUGUCUUUGAAAAAGUGCCUACUCGGUACGGGGUGGUGCUGGGAGCCGUGAUCGGGGGUGUUUUGGGGGUCGUUCUAUUGCUGCUGGUGCUUUUCUACCUGAUUCGGUACUGCUGGCUACGCAGGCAGGCGGCCCUGCAGAGGAGACUCAGUGCCAUGGAGAAGGGGAAAUUGCACAAGUCCGUGAAGGACUCGUCGAAGCGCGGCCGGCAGACACCAGUGCUGUAUGCCAUGCUGGACCACAGCAGAAGCACCAAAGCUGCCAGUGAGAAGAAGACUAAAGGGUUGGGGGAGUCUCGCAAGGAUAAGAAAUAGCGGUUAGCGGGCCGGGCGGGGGGUAAGGGGUCAGGGGCGGAGGCUUCCAAAGGCUCUCAGAUGGUGGUCAUAGAGAUGGAGCUACGAAAGGAUGAGCAGAGCUCGGAGCUCCGGCCUGCUGUCAAGUCCCCCAGCAGAACCAGCCUCAAGAACGCCCUCAAGAACAUGAUGGGCCUGGACUCAGAAAAGUGAUCACCCCACCCCCCACCAAGGCCCUGCCAGAAAAGGGGGACCUAGGCUCCUUUAUCCCCCGUCUAGGUGCUUUCCUCCUUAGCUCCCCAGCCCUGCCCUGCCCUCACUUCCCUUUGAGAUGUAAGUUUCAUUCCAAAAUUCAUUCCCCAGGCACUUCAUAUUCUCCCCCACCUUCACCCCCUGGCUUUCUGGAAGCCCAGGGCUCCAUCCUGCGCUUCACCUGUCCCAGGGACUGUGUGUUUGGUGCCCGUUCCUCUGGCGCUGAGAAGAAAGGGACCUUGCUACGCCCUGCCUCAACUCCAGGCCACCUGAUGUCCCCAUCCCCUGCACCACCUAGCCUGUCCCUCUGAACCUCUUCUCUCUGACCCUCCCUCCCCUCCAUCAGGUGGCCCAGCUCCAGACUCCGCCCUCCCAGCUAACACCCAGGUCACCCAGAUCAGAUUCUCCUUCAGGUUUUAUUUAGGUUGUUAGUUAUUUUUUAUUUUUUAAUCCAUUCUUGUUUGUUUGUUUGUUUGUUUAUCUGAUCUGUGCCCAUGCUCUACUCUCUCCCCAUGACUGAGUACCAAUGACGUCAUGUGGCUUUGGCAAUUCCCCACCCCCCAUUAAAUCCUUAACGGAGAGCCAGCCCAAGCAGAGGGGCCCCUGAUCCUCAAACCUCAGCUACAGGAAUGGUGCCCCCUGACCACUUUGGAGCACUGUUCUGGGACUCAAGGUCACGGGAAAGGAGAGGGAGAGACAAAGGAUCUUCAUAGGUGAGGGGGUUGAGGAGGGGACAAAUGAGCCUUAAGAAAUAGCUUUUAAAUAACCAAAGAAAAAGCAGGAAAAACAAAUGGGAAACAGGGGGGAAAGGGAAGAGGCUGCACUCCUAGCCACAGGGGAUUCUUAGGAUUUUUCUACAUUCUGUAUAUUUCUUCUCAAACCCCCAAAUCUCCUUAAAUGUUUAAUAAACACUGACAUUUCCAGAA